UAACCCAUAUAUAUUACAUAUUUCCCCUUUUCAUUAAAAACUCUUAUUAAAUGACUAUUUUACCCUUAAUGAGCUAUUAAAUGAAUAUUUACAUAUUUUUCAUUUCUAAUAUCAUCAAUCAAUUACAUAUAUCUCCAACUUAGAAUCUACAAAAAUUAGACAAAAUAACACUAGUCUUAGUCUCUCUUCAACCAGUUUUAGCGUUCUUCUCCAAAAGGAAAAAGUAUGCUGACAGGCAAAGCAACAUGAUCUACUUUCCACUAGGAGCUAGUAGUUCAAUGCCACCUACCUUCGAGUGUCCAAUUUGCAUGGGGCCGCUAGUUGAACAGAUGGCCACAAGGUGCGGUCACAUGUUUUGUGAAGGUUGCAUAAGAGAUAUUCAGGUGGGUAAAUGCUGCAAAGUUUUUAACAGAUGCAUUACUGAUUGGAAGCUUAGCAAUCCGUAUUAUCCCAGUCAUGUGCUAUUAUCGCGCUAAUAUUUUUCUUGGUACCGUCAUGUGCUAUUAUCGCGCUAAUAUUAGAGAUGAAUGGUCUACUAAAGAAAGUUCACUUGGUAUGUCUUAUACUCUCUAGGGCAUAAAUGAGGAAUGCAAUUGGACAAAUUCCCACAAAUGUAUGUUUUUCACUUCAGUUGAUUGAGGUUUUGUGCAUAUGUAUUUGUUUUAUACCUUACUAUUAUUAUGUCUUGAAAUAAUUAUUCAUUUUAAAAAAGGAGUUUGUAUAACUGAUAACCAUUUCAUAAUUUAUAUACAAAAUAAUAUGCAUAUAAUCAAAUUAUGUUUAUUUA